GACCCCGGCUCUCCGCCUGCCCGCAGCAGCCCCCCGGUGCCGCGGGCUGCGCGGGUCCCCUCGGCCCCCCGCCCUGCCUUCCCCCCAUGCGAGGGGCCCCCGGCCGGCCCCGCCGCCGCACUCCCCCGCCGCCCCGCUGCGCCUCUCCCCGGGAGCCGCCACCUGCGCGCCGGGCGCGGGCUGCGGGGCCAGCGGCGGGCAGGAGCCGGGCGGGCACCGGAGGAUGCCGGAGACCGGGCAGGAGCCCCCCAGCGCCCCGCCGCCGCCCCCCAAGGAGUCUUUUUACAUCAAGAACCUGCUCAACGGCGGCCCCCCCAAAGCUCCCCCCAAGCAGCCGCGGGCGCUGUUCGCCCCCCCGGGGAAAGCGGCGGGGGACGGCGCCGGUUUCGCCCUCUCGCAGGUGGGAGACCUCGCUUUUCCCCGCUUCGAGAUCCCGGCGCCGCGCUUCGCCCUGAGCGCCCACUGCCUGGAGCGGGCUCAGACCUGGUGGUACCCUUACGCCCUGACGCCGGCCGGAGCCCACCUGCCCCGCACGGAAGCCGCGGAGAAAUCCCUGCUGAGGGACUCGUCCCCCGCUUCGGGCACCGACCGGGACUCGCCGGAGCCGCUGCUGAAGGCGGAAGGGGAGCAAAAGGAGCUGGACUCCAAGAGCCCUGACGAGAUCGUCCUGGAGGAGAGCGACUCGGAAGAGGCGAAGAAAGAAGGGACGGCGGAGGACUGGAAGAAGAGGGAGGAGAGCCCGGAGAAGAAGCCGUGCCGCAAGAAGAAGACGCGCACGGUGUUCAGCCGCAGCCAGGUCUUCCAGCUGGAGUCCACCUUCGACAUGAAGCGCUACUUGAGCAGCUCGGAGCGGGCCGGCCUGGCCGCUUCCCUCCACCUGACAGAGACCCAGGUGAAGAUUUGGUUCCAGAACCGUCGGAACAAGUGGAAACGGCAACUUGCGGCCGAGCUGGAGGCGGCCAACCUCAGCCACGCCGCCGCGCAGCGCAUCGUCCGCGUCCCCAUCCUCUACCACGAGAACUCGGGCGCGGAGGGGAGCGCGGGCGGCGGCGGAGCCCCCGGUACUCAGCCCCUGCUCACCUUCCCUCACCCCGUCUACUAUUCCCACCCCGUGGUCACCUCCGUGCCGCUCCUGCGGCCCGUCUGAGCCCGCCCGCCCGCCGCCGCUGCGCGGAGGGGCGCGGAGGGGCUCGCAAAGUCACCGGCCCACUUGUAAGUACUCCAGCCGCUUGUGCGGUUCACCCGGCCGGCGGCUGCGGAGCGGGAUGGGGAGGGGGGGGAAGAGAAGGGUGCGGGAGGGGACACACACAACGCGACACCCCUCGGCGGUGGUGCUGGGAGAAAAGUCACGAAAAAUGAGGAAAAUAAAGCUAAAAUAAUCAAUAAAAUUGGAAGGGGAGGGGAGGGAGGGUGGAAAAUAAGGAAAGUGAAAGCGGGAACUUGUAGAGGACCCUGGAGCUGUCACACCUUUUGUAAACGUGGACGAAAACCGCGAUGGUCUCUGUGGCUUUAGUUUUAUUUUUGUAAAAAAUUUAAAAAUAAGGAAAAAAAAAAGGAAAAAAUGAAUAAUAGUGGAAAAAAAAAAAAUGAUCGUGAUCCCAGGCAGCUCCUCGGCAUUUGCCAAACGCUCACGGGAGGGUGAAUUUCUGUUCCUUUCGGACCUCUCCUCCUGCCUCCAAAUUGGUCAGGCUCCUGCUCCUGUCGCGACACAGCCAUCACCGAGCGCGGCUUUUCGUUCCAGCAAACCCCGGCACCGAGUUUUGCUUUCCCAGGUUUUGUACCUUUCGGUUUCUGUCAUGGGACUUGAUAACGAGCAAAGAAACGCGGCCUCAAAGCGAACGGUUAAAACGCCCCCGAACGCGUUUGAGCGCCCCUUAUUUAUUACCGAUGACUUGGAUAUUUGGAAUUCUUGUUUUCUUUAGUCUUCCGGUUGAUUUAUUUUUGUUUCCUUGUAAAGUUAUUUGGGUAUUUUUGGGGGGUAAAAAUCUGUACCUUUUGCUUUCUUUUUGUAUAAUGAUUAUCAUUAUUAUUGUUCUUGUACCUUUGAACUGUGCAAUAUUGUACGACGAUUCGUAAAGCACUGCUUUUAUUUGAACGGUGAGGAAAGGGGGGUUUAGCGUUGUAUAAUUGCGUUCGUUCGUGUUGUACAAAAUAAACUGAAAAGCAAAAACCAGAAUACAAAGGAAUUAAAAGCGAAGGGAAGUGGGAAGAGAGGAGGAGGGCAUGGGAAUAACCAUCAGCUUAUGCGGAUAAAUAAGGGAGAUGGGGUGAGCUGGGCGCUUUAAGUGAAGGACAAUCAACUUUAGGGUAAUUUUAAUUUAUUUGCUAGGAUGUACAGUUUUCUCCUGAAGUCCAUCGUGGGGUUUCCUAAGGCAGAAAUGAAGCUAGGAGUGGACACCUCUUGUCUCUCCCUGUCUCAGUGUCUGCUCACUUGUUGUCUGACAAUUGUUUGCUGUCUUCCCAAGGGUUGGCGUCGGUUUCUUUCCUUUCUUUUUCGUUCAGUUCUUUCCGUUUGUUUCCCCUUUUCGGUUGUGCUCUCUGCCCCCUUCUCGCUUUCUGUUAGGGAUCGGUCCUAUUUUUAAAACAGCCUAUAUUGUUAUAAACUCAAUGUUGUGGUGGAAAAGAAAAUCAUCAAUAAAACCCGUUCCUUAUCA